GCACUCGGAAAAGUGGUAGAAAAGACGCUCACAAUAGUGAAAGCUACGCGAAAAACCAUGAAACUUUUUAUUUUCGUCCUAUUAUUCCUGUUAACCAUCAAUGUGUUGGCUGAAAGUCACGAAAGUCAUGAAAAUUCCGGACGAGUUAGUGUCAUGUCCUCUGAAAAACUUUGGACUGGAUUUGGAUUUUCAUGCGAUGACCAUCAAUGUAAAAGCGAUUGCACCGACAAAAUGUCACCCUUGACGUCUUUUUUUGCAAUAUGGAGUUGCGAAAGAACAUGGAUUUUGUGGCACAAUUGUUGGUGCAAGUACCCAAAUGUUGCUGUGAAAUUGCCUAAAUUUUUACAAAAUUAAUAUUUUUGCUGACAUCUGCGGUUUAUUUUGAAUAAGAUUGAAAACUAUUC